AUGGCAUCGGAAUGGGGCAUGGAGCAUGGGGCAUGGGGCAUGGGGCAUGAGAUAGCAGUGACUGGGGCGGUCGUUACGGGUAGCGCUGAGCCAGAAAAUCGAAGUAUUGCUCCUUCACUCCUUACUGGCUUGACUUUUUCAUUUCAACGCGGCAACACGCGAAUGGAAUCUCGACGCGACUUGACGACUUGA